GGACAAGAAAUUUUCUCUCAAGCUCCAUGAGCCUCACGGCCUUUUGAUUGUCAAUUUAUUAUUAACUAAUCACGCGAUACAAUUUCUCUUCAUCCACUAUAUAUGGAUAUAAAUCUCAAGCCAUUAUAUAUCCAUGGCCAUUCUAUAAACCCUAAUAUGUUUGAGAUUCCAAGCCCCUUUCUGCCACCACCACCACCUCCGCCGGUCAAACACCAGCUGCCCAUGUUGUACUACGGCCUCAUCGUGGUCGGCACUGCCGCUUUUGUGCUUGCUCUGUACAAUCUUAUUGUGAUCAGAUGGUGCAGCAACAACCGGAGUAGAUCACGGAGGAGAGAACAUCAUUUCUUUGAUCCCAGACCGAGUCAGAGUUUUGAGAACAUGAAUUUGGGAUUGGUGUCGAGUUUCAAGUACAGGAAAGAGGGGGUGGCUCAGGAGCAAGCGGCGGAGUAUGAAUGUGCGGUUUGUUUAUCGGUUUUUGAGGAGGGGGAAGAUGUUAGGAAGCUGCCAAAGUGUAAGCACUCCUUUCAUGCUCCUUGUAUAGAUAUGUGGCUCUACUCCCACUCUGAUUGCCCACUCUGUCGCGCGAGGGUGGAGCCUGCUGUUGUUCAUUGCCAGGCUGAGGCUGAGGCUGAGGCUGUGACUCAACCGGAGAAUCCGAGAGGUGGGUUGAGAGAUUCAGGCGAGUCAGUUUGAGAUUGUUUGCUUCUCAUCAAGAAGAUGGGUAGAUACAUAUUUGUAUAACACAGGAUCAGCAAUUUAUGGUCAGAUUUUAUACACUUUUUUAAUACUUUUUGGGACUUUAGAACAUGGGAAUCACUGUUUUUUUUGGAGGAUGGGGUUUGUGAUGAACUUGUCCCAAAAGCAAAAAUAAGAAAAGGCAGGCCUGUUUGGUAGUC